UGUUGGUCGCUCUGUUAUUAGUUUGAAAAAAUAUUGGGAGCAGAAUGAGUAUCUCUGCGUUGGCGAUCGGUUGGUAUCAGACGAAAAGUACGGAAUACGCAUAAAACGGUUAUCGAAUCGAAUAGUUUAGAUAGUUUGGCGUGUUGUGUGUUUUUAUAACUGUUGAAUUACAAAUUAAAAGAAAAUUUGUAGGAGACGAAAAGAAUUCGAAUUAAAAAGUAUAAAAACAAUUUUGAUAUCGCAAACAAGAUUUCCAAUUGAGAAACUUUAUCUGCAGUGAAAAACAAAAUGUCGAAGAGUUUAAGGCCGCUGAAAAUUACUAUAGUCGGCGAUGGCAUGGUGGGAAAGACUUGCCUACUUAUCACGUACACACAAAACGAAUUUCCUGAAGAAUACAUUCCAACAGUUUUCGAUAACCACGCCUGCAAUAUAACGGUCGAUGAUAAUGAGUACAACUUGACAUUGUGGGACACGGCCGGGCAAGAAGAUUACGAAAGACUGAGACCCUUAAGUUAUCCCAAUACAAAUUGUUUUUUACUUUGUUAUUCCAUUAGCAGUCGCACAUCCUUUGAAAACGUGAAGAGUAAAUGGUGGCCUGAGAUACGUCACUAUUCCAAUAAUGUGCCCGUUGUUCUAGUGGGUACAAAACUAGACUUAAGGGUGCCAAAUUCAGAAAAGUUCGUCACAACUGCGGAAGUGCGCAGACUACGUAAAGAAAUACAUGCUCACACCUCGGUCGAGUGUUCAGCCAAGAAGAAACUCCAUUUGGACACAGUUUUCGAGGAAGCUGUACGUGCCGUUGAGAAGAAACCGAAAACAAAGCCCCGCCAAUGCAUUCUGUUGUAGUACUUUAACAGAGUUGAGUAGUAGUGUUCGUUACUUGGUUUCUAUUAAAAUGUAUUUAUUGACGCCCCCUUAUUUUUAGUUGUUAAUAAGUUAAAUAUUUUUUGUAUUAUUUUAUUGGGUUUUAAAACGAUGUUUUUA